ACAAACGUCACCUUUUCCUUUGGUGAGCAAGGUGUGUUCACGUGAGGUUGUGUGUUUCCUCCGAAAUAGGUCACACAAUCCUCAGAAUUCCGUGAAAUAUUCUUGUAAAAUAAAAAAAAAACACAAAAUAUAUAAAAAUCCAAAAAAAUAGUAAAAUAACAAAAUAUUAAACGGGAAUCACUCGAUUUUAAGUUAGUGUACGUAAGCGUGCAACGUGGUCUAAGGAAUGCGAUAGUCGACAUAAAGAGAAAGUGAAGUUCUAUUUCCUACGAAUAAGUUAAUGAUUAUCAUAUAACGAUCGCAGUGAAACUAUCAAAAUGAAUCCUGGUCCACCUAACUAUCCCAUGGCAUCUUUGUAUGUCGGGGAUUUGCACUCCGAUAUAACUGAAGCCAUGUUGUUUGAGAAAUUUUCAACGGCGGGCCCCGUGUUGUCCAUCCGCGUCUGCCGUGAUAUGAUAACACGGCGGUCUCUCGGCUACGCUUACGUGAAUUUUCAGCAGCCUGCUGAUGCUGAAAGAGCCUUGGACACUAUGAAUUUUGAUAUAAUCAAAGGAAGACCUAUUAGAAUCAUGUGGUCCCAACGUGAUCCCUCUUUGCGUAAAUCUGGUGUUGGAAAUGUUUUCAUCAAGAACCUUGACAAGACUAUUGACAAUAAAGCCAUGUAUGAUACAUUCUCUGCUUUUGGCAACAUCUUGAGUUGUAAAGUCGCCCAGGAUGAGACUGGCGCAUCCAAAGGAUAUGGAUUUGUUCAUUUUGAAACUGAAGAAGCAGCUAACAAGUCCAUUGAUAAAGUAAAUGGCAUGUUGCUGAACGGUAAGAAAGUUUAUGUGGGCAGAUUCAUCCCUCGUAAGGAACGCGAAAAGGAACUGGGAGAGCGUGCCAAGCUGUUCACCAAUGUGUAUGUCAAGAACUUUGGUGAAGAUUACUCUGAUGAGUUGCUCAGAGACAUGUUUGAGAAGUACGGACGCAUCACCAGCCACAAGGUGAUGUACAAGGAUGAUGGCUCUUCAAGGGGAUUCGGUUUUGUGGCCUUUGAAGAUCCAGACUGUGCAGAAAGAGCCUGCAUGGAAUUGAACGGAAAAGAGCUUGUUGAAGGCAAGCCAUUGUAUGUGGGACGUGCUCAGAAGAAAGCUGAGCGUCAAAAAGAAUUGAAGCGUAAAUUUGAACAGUUGAAAUCUGAGCGCCUUACUCGCUACCAAGGAGUUAACUUGUAUGUCAAGAAUCUGGAUGACACCAUUGAUGAUGAGAGACUUCGUAAGGAGUUCGCUCCAUUCGGAACCAUAACCUCGGCCAAGGUUAUGUUGGAAGAUGGCCGCAGUAAAGGAUUUGGGUUUGUAUGUUUCUCAUCUCCAGAAGAGGCGACCAAGGCCGUUACUGAAAUGAAUGGGCGCAUUGUUGGAACCAAACCACUGUAUGUAGCAUUGGCUCAACGCAAAGAAGAUCGUAAAGCACACUUGACAUCUCAGUACAUGCAGAGGAUGGCUAGCAUGCGUAUGCAGCAAAUGGGUCAGAUCUUCCAGCCAGGCGGUGGUGGUGGCUACUUUGUACCAACUCUGCCUCCGGCACAACGCUUCUAUGGCCCUGCCCAGAUGACCCAAAUAAGACCUUCCCCACGCUGGACCGCACAGCCUCCUGUGAGGCCUAGUGCUCAGACUGCUGCAUCGGGCUACCCCAACAUGCAAGCGCCAUUCCGCCCCGCGCCGAGAGGCCCAGCCCAAGCCGCCAUGCGUACUUCAUUGGGAGCUAGACCCAUCACCGGUCAACAAGGAGUUGCAACUGCUGGUUCCAUCCGCGCCCCGCUCGUCGCUCAGGCUGGGCGUCCCGCCGGGUACAAGUACACUGCAAACAUGCGCAACCCACCGGCAGCGCAGCCAGCUGUCCACAUCCAAGGCCAAGAACCACUUACUGCAUCUAUGCUUGCUGCUGCACCACUCCAAGAGCAGAAGCAGAUGCUGGGUGAACGUCUUUUCCCACUCAUCCAAAGGAUGCAUCCAGACUUGGCAGGUAAAAUUACUGGAAUGUUGUUAGAGAUUGACAACUCGGAACUUCUGCACAUGCUGGAGCAUGGAGAGUCUCUGAAAGCUAAGGUGGACGAGGCGGUUGCUGUUUUGCAGGCUCACCAGGCCAAACAGCAAGCCACCAAGAAAGAGUAAAUUACUGAAUGAUUCUGGCCAUACUAUAAACUUGGCCAAUACGUUUUAAGAACCAGUACUAUUUACCUGCCACACUAAUUGCUUUUAACAUCUUGCAGUUUUUUUAUCUUGACAUUAUAAGUUAGUAAUUCCACUAAAUAAUAAUAAAAAAUAAAAUAAAAAUUGAAAAAGCUAUGAAAAAAGUGGAGUGCACUUUUCUUUCUGAGUAUGAUAUUGAUAUACUGGGAGUGCAGAUCCGCGCAAAAACAAAGAAACUGUCAAUAUUUCUACAUCUGGCUACUGGCUCUUAAUUCUUCACUUAGAAGUCUUUGGUUUAGUUUUUUUGUCAUUUAAAAUUAAUUUUCUUCUUUUUAUUUCUUGUCUCUGAAGAUGGACUUGGCUUUUUGUUCUGCAUAUGUAUUUUAUUAUUUACUUUGUUAGUCAGUUCUUUUCUGGUGUACUGUGUAUUGUAAGCUCAGUCCCCAGUAGAGCUGAUGGGGUAUUUUGUAAUAUUUGUUACAUUAUAUUCUGUGAAAUAUUCAUAUUAA